GCAGUUGUGCAACUCCGGCUCCUUCCAUUCCUUUGCAUGGGGGGAAAGGUUCAUUUUAGAAUCCUAAGGGUCUUGCCUUUGCCUCUUUAAGGGGUCCUUUGCUUCUCUGCAACCCAAGGCACUCAUCUUGGGGGUCCCUGGAGCUCAAGCAAGAGGAGAAAGCCCCUUGGAAAGGCUUCAGUCCUGUCCUUCUUUUCCUCUGACUCUCCUUGCAUCCCUAGCAUGGGAGGAUCUGGUGCCAGGCUGAAUGUGCUUGGCUUAAUAUACAUGUGGAUGCAGCCAAGGAGGGCAUGUGGGGCAGAGUGAGAAGUGGAUGGUGGCGGAUUUGUGCAGAGAGACAGAGGCUGUCAUCUGAGAAGGUUGCCAUGGAAGAGGAUGGAGGCAUCAGACCCAGCAUCCACUCUGCCAAUGUCUCCAUGGUCCAUGAGGUGCCCUUAAAAGUCAUCAUCAGACCCAUCCCUCCAGUCCUGGACCAGGAGAAGGUGGAGAGCCUGAUGGGCACCAUCCAGGACACCAAAUGCACCCCUGAAGUAGGCAAGCGGCCAAGGAAAGCAGACCCAACAGCUCCUCGCCGUUUCCUUCAUCAGAGGUCGGCAACUAGGGGCAUAAGACACCAUGACCCAGAUGAAUCCAGGGCCAGAAACCAUUGGGUUCUCUCUCUUGGAUACCUGCAGCCUGAAAAACUUCAGGAGUAGCUUCACACUUAAGAAGCGUGUGGUGUAGCUGAGGAAUUGGUUGGGAUGAAGGAAGGAAGAAGAGGAGAACUGUUUUACAACUUCCAAAAACCAGCUAGGAAGAAUCUAGAAAACAUGUAGAGGUAAACAACGAAAUGCAGGCAUCUUACUAACAUCUUCAGUUUUACUCCUGCCUGAUGAAGAAGCCAGUGGAGCUUCGAAAGCUUGCAACAAGUAUAUUGUGCAUUUUGGUUGGCCAAUAAAGGUAUCACUGUUUGGUAGAUUUAGGAAGAAUCUAAAGAGCUUAUCCCAUUAAAGAAAUAAGCCGUCUUAUCUCUUCCUGCUUGAAUUGAGGAUCUGGGAUGUUAUCAUACCUAAAUCAUCACCUAUCUAGCCGGGAUGCCACCACCCGGAUGCAGCCAGCUAGUUUUUGAAAUCCGAAGCUCCCAGAUAGAUAGGCGGUGAUUUAGGUAUGGGAACAUCAGGGGGCAUCCUGGAUCCUGAAUUCAAGCUGGAAGAGGUAAGCCGGCUUAUUUGUUAAUGGGAUAAGCUCCUAAUUAUCAUUUAUUUCUUAUUCGUAUUUUCCAUAAUACUUAGAACUCCAAUAGCUCUCAGUGAUACGAGCCAAGAUCCAGUAAUAAUAAAUAAAUAAAUAAAUAAAUAAAUAAAUAAUAAUUAUUAUUAUUAUUAUUAUUUAUACCCUGCCUCUCCCUUUGGUAUGUUGUUACCCACCUCCCAGAGGCAGGUAACAACAUACCAAAUGCAAAUACAUAGAUAAUAACAAAAACAUUCCCUAAUCUCACCGCACCCUCCAACCGUCCCAGUAUAGACCUUGCAUAGCACAAAAUGAUGCCAGGAUAAGGAUGCUGUGGAUGCAUUGCAUGGAGUGGAUAGACUCGCUCAAGAAAGCCACAGCCCUGAGUUUGUAAGACCUGAGCAGGGCUGUUGAUGACAGGGUGCCUUGGAUGUCUCUCAUUCAUUGGGUUGCCAUGAAUCAAAUCUGACUCGAUAGCAAUGAAAAACAACAAAGCUGAGAGUACUCCUUUCAGUCCUUCGUUUGGCCAUGAACUUGCUGGCUGUACAAUAGUCACCAUCCUAGCCAAGGAUGGUGACCAAGGUUGGUGAUCAAGUGGCCAUCGGCUGGAAAUUCUACUGGCUAUACUGGCAAGGGGUCAUAGGAGCUGUAGUCCAAUGUUAUCUGAGCGGUCACGCACACACACGCACACGCCACUGGCCUGUUUUGCAAGUUUGGGGUACAGAUUAAAUGGUGACAGGAACACCAUGCAUUCUGCUAUGCACUGAGUUCUAUGGGGGAGAAGCAAAAGAAAUAUGUAAAAAAAUAAAUUGAUUCACAGUAGAUUCUGUGCCAGUGGUUCCCAAACUUUGGUUAUCCAGGUCUUUUGGACUUAAGCUCCCAGACUUUCUGACUGUUGGUAAAGGUGACUGGGGAUUCUAGGAGUCGAAGUAAAAAACAAACAAACCCUGGAGGACCAAAGUUUGGAAUCACUAUUCUGUACAGUCCUCCUUCCCUCUAAACGAACAAAAUAUAUUGGUAACACUACCACAGCCCCACCCACUAGUGCUUGCAACGUCUUCUACACUUGGAGAAGGAUGAGUGGAAGAGGAGACCCUCCUCAAUGCCUGGAUGCAUACAAAUGAUGCAGAACACAGAAGGUCUCUUCUUUAGACCUUUGCCUCCAUCCAUCCAUCCAUCCAUCCAUCCAUCCAUCCAUCCAU